AUGCAGCAGCCAACUCUCAGAAAUACUCGCGUUCGCUCGGUCGACGAUGUCCACAAGAUAUGUUAUGCCGCGUUCCUGGGUAAGCUCCCCCUAAUCACUCGCCGGCUCGACAACGAUGAGAGAGCCAAGCUGGGAGCCGGUGACGUCUAUGUCUGGGAAGAACGCAAUCCGCUCACAGAUGUGUCCGGGUUGGGCAUCGUACGCUGGACUGAAGGAAAGAAGUGGACCCCCUCAAGGGUCGUAGGGGAUUUCUUAUAUUACUACGAGAAAGUGCCGGACAGCGUACCUCCCGGCGAUGUUUUGGCCAGACAGACGUACUCUACGACCAUUCAUGCACCUGAGCCGAGGGGCCCAUUCAAAAUCUGUCUAUGUACAUAUCAUUCUAAGAAUACAUUAGACCAGCUGAAGACGAUCGAUGAAAUCCCGGAACUGCGGGACCUAGUGGUCCCAGAAGGUACUUUCGUCCGACAACGGAAGAGCAGUCGCAAAGCGGGAGAGGUUUCAUUUGACGCCCCCGAUGGCGCCUCUCCUACUUUGCGCAAGAAACCUUCUGAAAGCAAGCGGAGGCAUAGCGUCUCUCAUACGUACGCACCGUACCCCGCACGAAGCUCGCCAUAUCACUUUUACGCCUUGGAGCGCACCGACGACGCAGCUCCUAUAGCCUCGACUUCUAGCGCCCUCCACAUCAGUGGCGCUAGUACGUCGUACCAAGCUCACGGGCCAAUCGCGGUCGCCACAAAUGUGGCUGGUCCCUUCACCACUGCCCUCGCUCCUGUCACCGCAGAUCCCGACAAUUCUCCUUCGAGCGGGCAUUACGCUGCCGCAGGGUCCAUGGCGUCUUCAUUGCCCGUGUUCGGCAGACCUGUCUUCCACCAUCACGAGAACGCUUUUCCUUCGCCCGGACCCUAUACCGCCCAAUCAAACUAUGUGCCCACUGCAGGAUCGGCGUAUGCGUCACAGGCUAUGUCAGGCUUGUUCCCCACAUCGCCGACUUCCCAUCCUCGUCGCGCCUGUUCACUCCCCUUCGACCACAAGCCGCGUUCCAUCUGGCCCGUGAUGUCGCCCGAGAGCUCGCCCGUCUUGUGGACAGCACCUCGCCAAGAUCACCCCAGUCGCAGUCAUUCAUCGAACGAGUCCCGGUCGAGUUCGCGCAUGUCCGGUCAGUCUGAGCAUGGUCUCUCACUCGCACCGCUGUCGGCGUUGAGGGAGUCGGCGGCGUAUCGUCGCGACCCGGCUGACGACCACCUCCUCCGUCUGAUCAGCAGCGAGACCGGCGGCGUGUAG